AUGGAAGGAUUUACUUUGGAAUCGUUAUUGCUAGAAGUUUUAGAUAAGCUGGGCCCAAAACAGUUCUCUUUGCCCAAGAAGUCGACAAGUCAAGUGUUGGUUUAUCUUAUGCAUCAGAUCCAUGCCGGACUUUACAAAGGUCCAUGUUCAGCCCGAGUGUUCUUCACAGAUUUUAAAAAGGGAUUUGAUUUAGUCGAUCUAAUGAACCAGGCCCGAUGCUCAUUUUAUACUGAUUUUGUCAACAACAACAGUUCAGAUCAAGGCAAGUUAUUCAGAGCAGAGAAAAGUUGUCUUUUCCUGAAAACCAAAAUAAAUCG